AUGUUUCAAUUGACAAGUUUUUCAGCAAGUACAAUUUAUAAUUCAAAUAAUCAACGCCGUGGUAAAUUACAAGUGAUGGAUUCAACAACAAUUUCUUUUACACAUUAUGUUGAUAUUGCUUGUAAAGAUAAAGAUGAUUGUGCAAAAGAUUUAGCAAUCAAAAUUACAAAUGAAAUAUUACAACGUCGAGUUGAUUUUUCGAAAAUUCUCAAUGAAUUGGCACCAU